CUGUUCUGCCACAUACAGUAUGGCGGACGUAUCGCAGCAACGGCUCAACCCAUGUCCGUUGUCAACACCGUCAAAGUAUUAUCUAUUUAUACUUGUCUAUGGGUGAGAGGAGGCGUGUUAUCGGCUGAAGACAGCAGGGUGAGAAACACCAGCUCGUUAAGUGGCGUAACUGGAAUCAGAUGGGCAACACAAGCGACAGGGUGUCUGCAGACCGCCAUGGGGCUAAAGCUCACCGUUCAGACAGCGGCGGGGGUCACAAGGACCUUGAACCCAGCAGCAAGAUGGUGGACAGCACGGAUGACCCCAACAUCUUCAACACGCACGGCCUGGAGUCUAAGGUGUUGGGUGAGAAAGAAUUCACCCCAGAUCUGGACGACCUCGUGAAAACUGUUCCUCAGGCUCGUCCCACAGUUAUCCGAUGGGCUGGAGGAGGGAAGGAGGUCUACAUUGCGGGCUCCUUUAAUAACUGGAGCAAUAAGAUACCGCUCAAUAAAAGCCACAGUGACUUUGUGGCAAUCCUGGACUUGCCUGAAGGUGAGCACCAGUACAAGUUUUUCGUCGACGGGCAAUGGGUACACGAUCCCUCAGAGCCAGUGGUGACAAGCCAGCUCGGCACCAUCAACAACCUGAUCCAAGUGAAGAAGUCCGACUUUGAGGUCUUUGAUGCGCUGCAGGUGGACUCUCUGGAGUGCUCCGACACAUCGGAUCUCUCCAGCUCACCCCCUGGCCCGUACGGGCAGAGUCAAUACGUGUUCCGACCUGAGGGGCAUUUCAAAGCUCCGCCCAUACUCCCCCCUCACCUUCUUCAGGUCAUACUCAACAAGGACACGAAUAUUUCAUGUGACCCCGCCCUGCUUCCUGAACCGAACCACGUGAUGCUGAACCAUCUCUACGCACUCUCUAUCAAGGAUGGCGUCAUGGUGCUGAGUGCCACUCACCGAUACAAGAAGAAAUAUGUGACCUCGCUGCUCUACAAGCCCAUCUAAUCUUCGCAUCCGCCGCUGCCAUGCGAGCGCUCCGGGAUUGCAGCGAGUUGGUUUUCUCGACACUUUGCGCCAAAGUCACUUGAAACACGUUUACGGCUUUUAUGCUAUGGCCUCGUGGCUACAUUUAGGGCUAUCAAAUACAGCAUGUAGCGACGUGCACUCGCAGGUUGACGACGACUGCGUUGCGGCAUUGACUGAAUCACUGCGCGCGUUUGUGUGUGUGUGUGUGUGUGUAUCUUGAAUGUUUUGCUGCACGUUGUGAUCAUUUGCAUGUCAGUGCUUUUAAAUCGGGUUUGGCAGAAAAAAAAUCCUGCUCACUGAUUCAUUUAACUUUUUUUGUUCUCCGAAAGCAAUAUAUAAUGAAUAAAAUCAUUUAGGUUUUUUUUUUUUGGUCCGUUAAUGCUGACGACAACAGAAAUUUGAAUUACAGGCAGAAGAUUUGACUUUAAGAAUUUCACAUAAAAAAAAAAAUCAAAUACAAAACUGCCUUUUAGCGUGAAAUCACAUUUCUCGACGCCAUUAUUUUCUUUGACAGGAAGUGAUGACUUCUGAAUAGCUUUUGACUGUUUUAGGAGAGCGUAAGGUUGUGUCUGCAGCCCCUUCAAGUCACUCUCUUGAGUUGGGAUUGCUCCAAUAAAAAGUGCAAUAGGAGGAGGAGGAUGUUAUGGGUUUCACAGUGACACCAGUUCAGUAUUCCCGUUUAGAUUUACUGUACAUGGAAUGUUUUUCUGUUCUGUUCUUUGAUGAUGUGUAGCAUGUUUGUUUGUUUGAGGUGACCUUCAGAAAUAUCUUUUAUCUAUGCAGUUGGUGUGCGUUUCAUGUAUUUAUUCAACCAGGCGACAGUGUUAAUGUGUGCCUUCGCCUACAGCGGCAUACGAAUCGCAGAAAAACUUGAAUUUGACAGCCAUUUUAUGGAUGUUUCGAAAUGCUUUGCGGUUUGGGGGAGAAAGUUGUUUUUGCACAAGGUUGUUUUUGUUAAAAAGACAAAAAGGAAAAUAAAUAAAAAAGGACUAACUUUUAUUACCUUUA